GUCAAUUGUUUUGAUCACAUGACCUGAUUGCGGCCCUGGUACGGUUAUGGCGGUAUCCAGCCUUCAGUCAGUAGAUAGUAUUAAAACUACAGAGGCCCGUCCAGUCGGCAGUCCCCAGCUUCCGCGGUCGGCCAUCAGUGAAAUCCACACCUCGGAGCAGACGGGGGUCCCCCUUAACACACAGUGGACGUUCUGGCUUGAUAAAUCUAUCCCUGGAUCAUCAGCUGCCCAGUACGAAGCCAGUAUUAGGAAAUUGUACACCGUUAGCACCGUACAGGGUUUUUGGAGUGUGUAUAAUAACAUUCCUGAAGUAAACAAAUUAAAUGUUCGUUACACCUACCACCUAAUGAGGAAUGAACGCAGACCUGUUUGGGAGGACAAAGCAAAUUGUUAUGGGGGAUGCUGGAGAUUAAAAUGUUCCAAAUUCGACUCGCCGACAGUUUGGAAAGAAUUACUCUUAGCAGCAAUAGGAGAACAAUUGACAGACUGCAUGGCAGAAGGAGAUGAAGUGGGAGGAAUCAGUAUUAGUAUACGAGAGAGAGAUGACCUGAUAGAAAUCUGGAACGCAAGGUCAGACCUUCACGAACAGUCCACUGUGAUAAAUAAAGUCAAAGAACUAUUGCCAGAUGUCAACUUUACAGCCAUAUUCUAUAAAGCUUUCUCCACUCAUCAGGCUUUUGAGUCUGAUAAACUCUCCAAGACCCAGAAUCACUGAUAUUCAUCAUUUGCCUAACAUUGUGGAUCUGUGAUGUAGCAUUUACUUGUCCCGAAUACUGAGUAGAGGUGGAAGGUCCAGAAAACUAUCCUUAUAAGGACAGCAUGAGCAGUGACUUUCCAGAAUGAGUCAUUUAGUCUAUAACAGAAAUCGGAUUGCUUACUGGUAUCACAUUGAAAUUAUUUUGUUAAUUUAAAUCAGUUUAAAAAAAAUACGAUAUUCAUGGCUGUCAAACCUUUGCUGUGCUUAUUUAUUAAAUUAGAUAUUGAUUUCUAUUGUAAACAUUAAAGUAUAAAUAUAUGUGUGUCACUCAAUCAUAAUUUUGUUUUUCAUGACAUUGUAUCAUUAUUUAUAUCGGUACAUGUUUUUAUUUGUGCUCUGCCAGUUCUUGUAAAGUUAUUUUUUGUAGUAAUUAACUGUAGACAAUAUUACAAUAAUAUGUAUACAGAAUUCCAAGGAAUACAAACAAAUAGGAGAGGUUUUUCGUGUGAAGGACAUUUAGCAUUUAUUAUUUUUCUAGAUAUUGUUUUAGAUGGAAAACAAUGGCAAAUAUUGUUUUUGUUUUGCUUCUUUGUUUGUUUUAUUGUCUGUCCAAAAAUUUGACCUAAGCUAUAACUUAAGAAUGAUCAAAAUGAAAACUUAAAUUUUUAUGAAAGCAAGAGUAAAGGAGAAAGAUUAUUUUUAAAUUGAAGUCAACACUUGUCGUAGAGAAAUUGUUCUGUAACGGGGGACAUUGUAUUUCAGACCUUUAUUUUAUUCAUUUCCACUAGGGUUUGUACUGUUUACUUUUUAUGACGAAGGAAAUGUUGCUUGCGUGUGCAUACUUUUAUGAUAUUUCUUGGUUAAUGUUCUUGAACAAAUAUUUGAUUCUUUGACAUGAUAUGAAGCAUGUGGAAUUUAUAUAGAAAAACAGUAGUUGGUAUAUUUGCUGUGAGUAGUGUAGAAAUGGAUGUUUCAGAAGCCAAAAGAACAACCGAGUAAGGUGGAAAAAAAUUUUAAAAUCAAUAGGUCUACUACACUGAUGUGCAGAUUUUUUUUUGAUAUUUAAGAAUAUUGUUCCAUACUAUGUGUCAGUGGUACACUACAGGUGAUCAGUAUAAACACAGUACUUAGUAUUAUAAGCAAGUAAAAGCUGUGCAGCUACUGAACUAAAUGUAUCAGUAUUCAGAUGGCUAUAUCCUCAGUCGCUCAUGUUAAAUCAAAUAUCAGUCAUUUCAUUCUUGUAUGUUGAAGUGCUUGAGAUGUUUUGAUUGGUACUAGUUAGUAUUAAUGUCUGGUGUCUAUAUGCAUAAUGUCUUACCUCAUUGGUAUACUGCUAUUUAAACUGUACUCACUGUACUGUGUAGUACUUGAAAUCCAUUUAAAAGUAGCUUUUAUGCUUUCUCUUUCAUAUACAUACCAUACAUAUUAUUUACAUAUAGGCUUACAUAUGCCUUUGUUUUUGUUGUUUGUACAUGUAUUUUAAUGAUAUCACAGAAACUUCAUUUGGGUAUCUAUAGGAAUCACCUUGUCUGCCUGUCUGCACAAUCAUUUCCAGUCCAUAACUUUGUAAGAGAGAAAAUUUGAAAAUCAUUAUAAGCUAAGGAAUGGUUUGUCAUAACCCUAAUCCAGGGUCAUUUGGAGUAGUUCAAGGUCAUAAUAUUGAAAUUUGAAUUUGUGUCCACUAGGGCUGGGAUGAUAUAUCGAAAUAUUGAUAAUAUCGAUUCAAUGUGAGGAUGAUACUUAUAUCGACGAUAUGUAUGAGGAAAUAUUGUCAAAAAAAUUCUGACUUAUGUUUUUCUUUGUUACUUGACAUUUUGAGUUAAAUAUAUAAAAUAAAUAUGCUAAAUAUAAAUAUGAAAUACAUAAUAAUUAAUACCACUUGUGUAAAAUGAUUUUGUUUUACAACAGAUAUACAACUUCUUUGAAUAAAUUAUUCUUAUAUGUGAAGAAAUGUUUUGUUCAUUUCAAUACCCAAAAAACCCAUUUUAUAACCAAUUCAACAUAUUGUGAUACAUAUCGUAUCAUGGCUCAAAUAUUGUGGUAUGUAUCAAUAUAGAAAAAGUUGUAUCAUCUCAGCCCUAGUUUCCACCUGUCUCAUGCAUGUUUGUGGCAGAGAUAUCUUGGAGGCAUUUGAUUUAUGACCUAAGGAUGUCUAAACCUUAACACAAGGUAAUUUGGAUAAAUUGUUUCGAUGGACUUUCGGCUUGACUACUGUCUAUUAUCUCCAUAUUUCAUUCAAGGCUACUGGUAAAGUCCAUUUUUGCCAUGUCUUUGGAAAGCAGUAUCAUUCUAAGAAAGUUCUUAGUGAAAAAGGAUUAUUUAGUGAUAACAUAAGGGGUUGCUAUGACCUUGAUCAAAGAUCAUCUCUACACAAUUUCAAAGUCAUUAAUGGAACUAGAGUUUCAGGCAUUUGUAGCUCAUACAUAACUGAUAUAAUUUUUUUCUUUACUUGAUUGGUUAUUUACACAAUAUAAAGGGUAUUUAUGGGAAAAAGAUUAUGUGUUCUGGGUAUAUCAUUUUUGUAGCUCUAUCUAUAGCUAACAUAGUUAAGAAUAUUUGAUUUCAAAAUUGAUUACACUGCAAGUAAUAUACAUGUACUUUAAAUAUUUUAAUAUGAACAACUUCCUACCCACUUUACCACAUCUUUUCCUGGGUGUACAUGGAUCAUUCUAAUGAAUCUAUUGUUUUAUUCAUUGUUGUAUGCAUUUAAUGGUUAUUUUUGUGUUUAGGGGGAUAUGUAUGUAUCAUGUUAUUUUUAUUAGACUUUAAACUUUUAAGUUAUUAAGAUUUAUUCUUCAUUUUGGAAAUGAAGGAGUGAUUAAAACAACUUAUGUGCAUAUAUCAGUUUGAUUCAAUUUUUGCCAUGAAAUAUUUGAUGCAAUCAUAAAACAAAAAAUAGAAGUGAUAUUGUUUAACAGUAUCUAUUUCACAUUUUGUUCCCCGUUAAUGAUCAUUAAUUUAUUGACCCUGUUAAAAACAUGAAUGUAGCCAAAAUUGAAUAAAAUAUCUUUGAUAAAAUUCAAAACAAAGGAAAACAUUUUUUUUUUCAGCUAUCAUAAAAUAAUCAUUUGGGCUUUUCUUAUUGUUGAUGAAAUCACAAUUUUUCAUGAGCACUGAUAGAAUCAUUUUCUUAAAUUGUCAAAAGUCAGAGAGCUUUAAAUGGUUUAUACUCACAAAAAUUCAUUACUUGAUUCAGAGUUGUUUAAUCUGUAGGAGAGUUCAUUUUUAAAUACCCCUUUGACUUGCCUCAUCCUCACAACAUCAUGUGUCCUGUGUCAACUCUUUGAUGUGGGACCCCUGAAAAAUUUCAUUCCAUAUCUUAAGGGCUGACUACAGCAAUGUCCUUUGGGAAAAUUACAAACUUUAAGCUUGAUUGUAUUUCUUAUCUCCCAAACAACCACAUAAAGCCUUUCUUGACAUACAAUGUGUAACAUGCAUUUUAGGUGUCAACUGUUUCCUUUCUGUUUACAUCAUCUGUCUACUUCAAUUUAUAUUGGUGCUUCUCAAUCGGAGAAGCUCCCCCUUCCUUUUAGAAAAUUACAACAAAAAAAAGAAUGAAAUUUGUAGUCCCACAGCAACAAGUUGACACAAGACCCCUGACAUUACGAGGAUGGAACUUUCCUUGAAUUGAGUUUUUGUUUGUAUUUUUUUUUUUUUUUUUUUUUUUUUUAUUUAUGACACUCAGACAACACUGAGAGUAGAACGAUGUAGAAUAUUGUGGAUAUAGAUUAUUAUGGAUGUAGAUUAUUGUGACACAUGAUAAGCUUCAGUAUUUUAACAGUCAAACAAACUGUUUCUUUUUACCAUGUUUGAUAUAUAGUAACAAAGUACUGUUCUUACAUAUUUGAUAUGUAUUAGCUGUAUAAUUUUCUGAGAACAGUAUUGAUGUGUCAUUAUACUAUAAUUAUGCAUUAAGUAUGAAAUACUAUCAGACUAUAAUAGAGUUUACACCUAACACUUAAUAGCUGUUCUCUGCUGUGUGUAGAUAUAUACAUUCUUUAUCUUAUUGCUUGUUGAAUAAAAUACUUUUUUGCUUUACAGUAAAAUUUGAUGAUUAAAAUUGUAGGAAAUGGUGAAGUUAUUAAAUUAAUUUUAUGUAUAUUAAACACAAAGACAAGAUAAUAGAUUUGUCUGCCCCUGUUUUACUGCUUUUGGUUUGUUAAUAAAUCUACCAUUUUCCAGAUUUUGGUUAGAUAAUAGUACCUGGUACCAUUUAAGAUGUAUUUGCACUGUAAAUGUAUGUUUGGUGCUGUUUUUUAUGUGUAAAGUAAAUUGAUUCUGUUGUUGAAAUGACUUUUAAAAAUAAAAGUUUAAAGUUUUAAA